UAUAUUCUACUCUGUUCUGUUGACUUCUCUUCUACACUGCCGUCUUGUCAUUGGCGCAUGGGAAUGGGAAGUACGAUGACGUCGACCAAUGAGAUUAUAGGUUUAUUCCAUGGGCUUGGUUCCGGGCUGGCCUGUUAUUAUUUUAACUAGCAGGUGAAAUCUCGGUUUCCCUCCAGUCUGGAAAAAAAAAAAAUGGAAAUGUAUGCUGCACCCGACGAGGAAAUACCAGGCUGUCCACCAGGAUUAGAAUACCUGACUACGGUGGAUCAGCUACUCAUCAAACAGAAAGUUGAGCUUGUUGAAGCCCUCGUUGGUUUUGAAAGCAACAACAAGUAUGAAGUCCGCAACAGCAUGGGCCAGAACGUGUUCUAUGCUGUCGAGGAGAACGACUGUCUGAGUCGACAGUGUUGCGGUCCGAUGCGCUCCUUCACCAUCCACGUCCUUGACAAUUUUGGACAAGAGGUCAUCACCGUCACCAGGCCACUUAAGUGCAUGUCUUGCUGCUACCCUUGUUGUCUACAAGAGCUGGAGGUGCAGUCACCCCCCGGUAACACAGUGGGGUAUGUUAAACAACAGUGGCACCCGUUCUCCCCCAAAUUCAUCGUUUCGAACGAACACGACGAGCCUGUGCUGAAGAUCCACGGGCCCUUCUGUGGAUGGAGCUGCCUACCAGAUGUUGACUUUGAGAUUGUGACGAUGGAUGAAGUGAGUAAGAUCGGGAAAAUCAGUAAGCAGUGGACAGGACUGCUUCGGGAAGUGUUCACAGAUUCAGACAACUUUGGUAUCCAGUUCCCCAUGGAUCUGGAUGUGAGGAUGAAGGCUGUAAUGAUCGGCGCGUGUUUUCUCAUUGAUUUCAUGUUCUUUGAGACCCCUAACUAGGAGCCAAACAGGAUAUCCAUGUAAACAUACAAACAUUCCUGGAAGAACAAAGGUCACCAAGCCAUGAUGAUCAGUCCCAAAAAUGCCCUAACAUAGAACAACCUUCAAACAGGUAGUUUAAAGGAAGUACCAAAAGGUACCUAUAUGUUACAAUAUGCAUGAACAAUGAAAUAGAAGGUUUGUUUUAGUCAUAGCUGCUCAGGUUGGUUGUUUAAACACGUCGCUGGGCCGUGAGUGCACAGUGCAGUGUUUUAAGACAAAAAGUUUUCAUUUGUGUUUACAUUAUGGUCGCUAAGCCCAUCUGGGCUCAGAACCAUUCCUUACUACU